AAAUACUUACCCUUUUCGUCUUACACUUCGUCCACGUCACUGUAAUCGCUUAAAAUGAACAAUUGUAUAGAUAAAAUCUAAAUAUAAAACCUAAGUUUGCGUUGUUUAUAUUUAAUAGUACUGCUCUAUUGUUCGAUGUACGACGUCUUGCAUUGUAUAAAAUAAGCUAGUUCGUCUUCAACAGGAGAGGUCAAAGCGGUGUUACCAAGGCCGACGAUGGAUGAGGGUGCAAAUGUGAGCAUGGCGAAUGUACAGCCAGAAGUUACAGUUGGAUCGGCUGAAAAUAAAGAGAAUUUGAUCCAAGAAAACACGCAAGCUAAAGAAACAAUUUCUGUUCAGCAAAAUGUAGAUCAGCAGCAACCGAAAACCGAGCAAGGGGAUAUAACAACGAUUACAAAUUUCUUAGAGGCCUUAAGUGUGUCCAGAGAACCUGUUCCAGUGAAAGCUACAAAACCAAUACCAGAGACAUGUGUAACCAAUUUGAAUUCUUUAUUGUCCGAUAUUUACGUGAGAUACAUAAAGUUAGAUGCAGAGGCGUUUGAGAGGUACUACAAAGUGUUCGACGCUAUAUUUCUGCCAUUGAACAAGAAAAUGAAAGAAGUGGACCCUUAUUAUAAUAAAUAUCAAAGUAUGGUAAAAUUCGCCGGCAGUCAUUAUGAUAAUCUCCUUUUACAAAAACCCAAUGAUUUUGAUGUUGAUAUUGUUAUUGGGCUCCCGCUUAAUAUGAAAAUAGACCCUACCAACCCCGAACUAAGUGAUGUAGUCAUUCAGGCGAUAAACCCAGGCUUCGUGCAAUUGAAAAUGGGCCCGCAGUUCCAGAACCUUCCUAUGAGAGACGGCAGCGAGUGGCUCAUUAAUAAAACUGCGUAUAAAUGGAAAGACGAUUCGCAUUUUUUGCUCCAGAACAAAUUUCUCGAUUGGUUCAAGAGCGUCGUCAACAAAGCAUUAAAUACAUUUGAAAACAAAAACGGCUUAUCUGUGUAUACAGUUGAAGGCGUAGAGUAUGUCAUCAAGCGGUCUCAAGCCGGACCCGCUAUGACUUUGAUUAUAGAGAACAGUGAGACUGGAUUCAAGUUGAGUGCAGAUUUAGUACCUACACUUAAAUUCCCCGAAGACCGCUGGCCCAUUAGUAAGGCUUACCAGCACAUCCCGGAGAAUUGCAAGAAAGACAUUUGGAUGGUAGUCGGCAAACCGAAUAAAGCCGCAGCUAGCAAACAAGACGAGCAGCGGUCGUGGCGCAUCGCCCUGCACUACCAGGAGAGAGACUUGAUGCACGAUACGAGCAAUCUGCGACAAGUUAUCCGCCUGAUAAAGAAAAUGCGUGAUGCUCUAGGAAUGAAGAAGAUUGCUAGCUACUAUAUUAAAACCAUCUUCUUCUGGGAAAUAGUGAAAAGGACAGAUAAACACUUUUGGAAAACGGAUCCGGCAUCUUUGUUUAAACUUAUGGUCCGGCAAGUUCAUAGUGCAAUCGCUGCCCAAAAUAUACCCUAUUUUUGGAACAAAAGUAACAAUCUCAUUGGUCAAGUUGAGGAGAAUGUUUUGAAAAACUACGAGUCGAAACUGGCGCAACUGUUGGAGAUUUUGGAGCAGCCUGCCAAUUUUAGACUUGUUGCCAAAUAUUUGCUUUCACCACAAGAAUAUAAAGAGUACAGUGAAAGAUUACCUGUUCCGGAGAAAGCCGUAAAAUUAUCGCCAGAGGUAAAAUUAAUGUCGGAUGCAUGUACUUUAACUAAUUUAAACUCUCUACUCUCCGAUAUUUACGUGAAGUAUAUAAAGCUAGACGAAGAGGCAUUUACCAGAUACUACAAGGUGUUCGAUGCUAUAUUUUUACCAUUGAACAAGAAGAUGAAGGAAGUGGAUCCAUAUUAUAAGAAAUAUCAAAGUAUGGUAAAAUUCGCCGGCAGUCAUUAUGAUAAUCUUCUUUUACAAAAACCCAAUGAUUUUGAUGUUGAUAUUGUUAUUGGGCUCCCGCUUAAUAUGAAAAUAGACCCUACCAACCCCGAACUAAGUGAUGUAGUCAUUCAGGCGAUAAACCCAGGCUUCGUGCAAUUGAAAAUGGGCCCGCAGUUCCAGAACCUUCCUAUGAGAGACGGCAGUGAGUGGCUCAUUAAUAAAACUGCGUAUAAAUGGAAAGACGAUUCGCAUUUUUUGCUCCAGAACAAAUUUCUCGAUUGGUUCAAGAGCGUCGUCAACAAAGCAUUAAAUACAUUUGAAAACAAAACGUAUGUCAUCAAGCGGUCUCAAGCCGGACCCGCUAUGACUUUGAUUAUAGAGAACAGUGAGACUGGAUUCAAGUUGAGUGCAGAUUUAGUACCUACACUUAAAUUCCCCGAAGACCGCUGGCCCAUUAGUAAGGCUUACCAGCACAUCCCGGAGAAUUGCAAGAAAGACAUUUGGAUGGUAGUCGGCAAACCGAAUAAAGCCGCAGCUAGCAAACAAGACGAGCAGCGGUCGUGGCGCAUCGCCCUGCACUACCAGGAGAGAGACUUGAUGCACGAUACGAGCAAUCUGCGACAAGUUAUCCGCCUGAUAAAGAAAAUGCGUGAUGCAUUAGGAAUGUCAAAAAUUGCUAGUUACUAUAUUAAGACUAUCUUCUUCUGGGAAAUAAUGAAGAGAAACGACAAGAAGUUUUGGGCAACUGAUCCGGCAACAUUGUUUAAACUUAUGGUCCAAAAAGUUCAUAGUGCAAUUGUUGACAAAAAUAUACCAUAUUUUUGGAACAAAAGCAACAAUCUCAUUGGCCAUGUUGAUGACAAUGUACUGAAUAACUACGAGACAAAACUAGCGCCACUUUUGAAAAUUCUGGAGCAGCCUGCCAACUAUAGACUUGUUGCUAAAUAUUUGCUUUCACCGCAAGAAUAUAAAGAGUACAAUACAAGAUAUUUAAGGAGUUCUGUCAAUUCAAAAUACUGACAUAUAGUUUAAAGUUCACAAAACCAUACGUAUUAAAGGUUUUUGUACAAUCGAAGGAAGGGAUGAGUUCGCGGCAUGUCUAAUGGUAAACGAUACGAAUGCCCAUAAACAGUUACGAUACCACCUGAACGGCCAAUGAUAGCUUGCGUGGAGUGUCACUCCGUUUGUCAUCUUGAGAUAUUAGAUGUUUUUUGUGUAUGUAUCGGAGCCGGCAAUUUACAACGGGGGAAACCUGUGUAUGGGAUAUUGGAAUCCCCCCGGCUUAGCGAAUGUAAGGGCCUGGAGGACAGUUGGGAGGGGAUAUCUAGGGGCCUGGAGGAAAGUUGGGAGGGGAUAUCUAGGGGCCUGGAGGAAAGUUGGGAGGGGAUAUAUAGGGGCCUGGAGGAAAGUUGGGAGGGGAUAUCUGGAAGGAGAGUGUGGGGAAGGGAAAGAAACCCUCUUAGGAUGGGCGGAGGGGAGAAAGCCAGGAAAUUAUCGCGAGCCCUCAUAGGCCUCGAUGUGCAGCUACAACCAUGAGGUAUACACACUGAACAGUGUGCCUUAUAGGGCCGCGGCAAAUGUCUUUCUAUGCAUGAGCGUGCAUGAAGUGUACAGACAUAGCGCAUAAGAGUUGCUUCGGAGGGGGGGGGGGGGGUGCUACAUUAGAUUUUAAGCCCCGUUAUGUCUAAUAAUUACUUAUGUCGACUGUCUAUUAAAUAUUAUCAGCGACUCGAGACGUGUCAUCACAAUUAAAACCAUUUUACGUCUGGUAUCAGUUAUCACCUACCUUUCUAAAGCUGUGCCUUUUUUUGAAUUGUAGAAAAUAGCCGUAUAGGGUUUACAAGACAAUGCUUUCAAACAGUUGUCGUGUAUUUACCAUUAGUAUUUAGUGCGGAUUCAUUACUGUGUGAAAUUCUUUUGAAUUUGCCUGUGUUUUUUUUCGAGUAAUUAAUUUUGUAUAAGUACUAAAAAAACUAAUCUGGGCUUCUUGACGUCUUGUAUUUCUAAUGAAUUUUGCAUGCAUUUGGCCUAAAAUACUUUUAGUAAGAUCAUAUUUUUAAAAACGGUGGCGCUACGUGGAAUCUCUCACACGUAGGAACGCUUUGGUGUAUGUUUUGUUAGAGCACAGCUAGAAAGGAAUGUAGUGGAACUAUAAUUAAUGUGUACAUAACUUAUAUAUAUUCUGAGAAAGAUAUCAAUACGGUGUCUUAAAUAAGGUGCUGUGGUGUCGAUACCUAUUAGACUAAGAUAUAAUAUAUACCUAAGUACUCCGAUAGUUUUAAUUUAGUUGUAUUUUAUUGUAAUCUCUUAUAUAUUAUAUGUAAUCUUCUGCGUAUUUACGUGGAUUUUAAUGACCAAUAUUUUUUUUUGAAUUAUAUUAUAAAAAUGUACCUUAAUAUGCUUUCUUUUUAAAUAAAUAAAAUGUUUUUGAAAAAUUUUA